AUGACUAUCUCCCCGUGGCUUCCAUUUGCAGAUUCUCCUUAUUGUUCACUGUGUCAAUUUGAUAAAGAAUCUAUCACUCAUGCUUUGUUUUUUUGUCAUCGUCUUAAACGGGUAUGGAGAUCAUCCUCCUUCCAUCUUGUUGAACAAUUUGCAAAAAUUUUGUGGAGUAUUUGGAAUGAGAGAAAUAAGGAGAAACAUGGAUCAAAACCAAAACCACACGAUGUUCUUCUUUACUUUGCUAUCAGCUACCUUGAAGAGUUUCAUGUUGCACAAGUUGCAAAACCAUCUGUUGUUAUCUCCUCUGCUCCAACUUUGGCUCCUGUAUCUAAAAAUAUUCCAAGGUUAAAUCCCCCUUCAAGAAGGAUGAAGCUGAAUACGGAUGCUGCAAUUAACAAAUUUAACAACACUUCCGGUUUUGGUGCCAUAUUAAGCAACAACAAUGGUGAUACCAUUGCGGUUAUGUCAAUGCCUUUCAAAGGGAAUUUUCGACCGAAAGUUAUGGAAGCAAUGGCCUUACUAUAUAGUCUGCAAUGGCUUAAGGAUCUUCAUUUACAUGUUCACUAUUUGAGACAGAUUCUCUUUUAG